ACGUUGACGAAGAAAGAAAAAAGGUUCGGUGAGCUGAAGGAGAAAAAGAGGGAAAGAAGAAGAGAAAUCACAAGUUGAAGCAGACGAUUAAUUGUGUCAACUCCACAAAGUGUGGCGAGCAACCAAUGGCGUGCUACUACAUCGUCAUAAGCUCCACCCACCUGCGUGACGGACAGCUCAGGAGCAUCAAGGGCGUUUUCCGAGGACCAAUAGGAGACGGCCGCCCUAAAAAUACUGAAGAAGGCGACCACAGUUUGUACUGUGACUUGUGUGACAAACAAUAUGUGCGACACCAACAGUACGACAACCACAUCAACUCCUACGACCAUCACCACAAGCAGCGCCUGAAGGAGCUGAAGCAAAGAGAGUUCCAGCGAGCGCUGACCUGCAGGCGACAGAGGAGGCGGAGGGAAGAGAGGAAGGAGGAGCGCUUGCUGAGGAGACUCCAUCAGCACAAUGUGGAGAGAGAGGAAAGCCAACGCGCGCUGGGUUCCGGGCCCAUGUUCCGCUCCACCACCGUGGCAGUGGACCCGGCCGGUCCGAGCAAUGGACGCCUAAUGGAGAAGUGGGCCGACAUCCACGGGAGCAGCAGCACUCUGGGGACCAAACCUCGAUCCUCGUUCCCCGUCCCUCCGAAUGGCGCAGAAAGCAGACUCUUGAGCGGCACGCGGUGGCCGUGCAAGCGGCUGAAUGGUCAACUCAACGACAACGAGGUGAACCCUUGUGACGUGGGCGGCAGAAACCCCGAUGGCAGAAAAGACGAGAAGAUACCCCGGGCUUCCGGUUCCUCCACCGACACCGUUACACCCAACCGCGGCGCCGGUGGGAGCAGCACGAGCUCUGCCCCUAGCAGAGGGCGCCCUGUUUGCUUCUCGCUGCCCAAGAGGAGCUGCGUUCUUCUGCACCAGUCGGCUGCCGUCUUUGUCCAAGCUGCCAAGACCGUGCGAGAAAACGUGGUAGAAGAAUGUGAUCAGGCCCUAACCAAGAAGAUCAAAGCCAAGUUCUCUUCAUGGAACGAGCCUGUGACUGGAGCCCAGGUCCAGGUGGCAGGUGGAAGUGGUUCUGGGAACGAAGGCAUUGCUGAAGACUGUGGUGCAUCUCGAAGGACCAGAACAGUGCCAGUAGCACCAGUAACACCAGUACUACCAGUAACACCAGUACUACCAGUACCACCAGUAACACCAGUACUACCAGUACCACCACUACCACCAGUAACACCAGUACUACCAGUACCACCAGUAUCCCCAGAACUGCCAGUACCACCAGUAUCACCAGUACUGCCAGUACCACCAAUACUACCAGUAGCACCAGUACCACCAGUACAACCAGUAUCACCAGUAUCACCAGUACUUCCAGUACCACCAGUACUUCCAGUACCACCAGAAUCACCAAUAGCCCCUUCUGACCGUGUUGUUCUGAGUAGCAGACUCAAAGGUUCGGAUCCUUUGGACCUUGAUCAAGAGACACUUUAUUCCACUCCACUUGAUCUCCAACACUCACUUCCUGCUUUGAAGGAGGUCAAAGUUCAAACUGACGUGCCGACGCCAAACGAUCAAGAGAAAUCUCCUUGUUCUCCUCAAAGUCGACCCGCGGAAUCCUUCUGUCCCGUCCUGAGCCGGGACGGCUGCCGCGUCCUCCUGUGGCCCUCAGAGAUGCUGGGCUACACCAAGACGUGGCCCUCGCUCUCCCACGGCGUCAACCCGCUGCUGCACGACUUCCGAGCCCACAGCAGGACCGGAGCGGGGACGAGACGUAGGCGGGGAGACGGCGAGCGGACCUUUGAUGAAAGACAAGACGAGGAUGAAGGACGACAGGCGGCAAAUCCUUUGGAAGUUGGAGGCGAUGACAGGGCUUUAAAAUUCUCCUGUGCGGAUCUUCACUUGACCAAAGUGGGCAAGAAGAGGAGGAGGAGGCGGGGGAGGAGAAAGAGGGGACGGAGGAGAAGGGGAGACGAGGCGAAGAGAAGAAAGUGGAGGCGGGGGAGGAUGAUAAGUGGUGUGUGUGAGGAUGUGAUUGCCAAGCGUGGAAGAGACGGAACAGAGGAGAGGCCAGAAAAGAGGCCAUUAAGUCGUCUUCCUGAAAACAGGGUGAGUGGCGAGGAGGAGAGACAGAGGAGCGAAGAGGAGGAGGAGAGACAGAAGAGUGGCCAGGAGGAGGAGGAGAGACAGAUGAGUGGCCAGGAGGAGGAAGAGAGACGGAGGUGCGAGGAGAAGAGACGGAGGUACGAGGAGAAGAGACGGAGGUACGAGAAGGAGAAACAGAUGAGGGGUCAGGAGAAGGAGAGACAGAGAAGAGAGGAGGAGGAAGAGGAGAGACAGAAGAGUGGCCAGGAGGAAGAGGAGAGACAGAUUAGUGGUCAGGAGGAGGAAGAGAGACGGAGGUAUGAGGAGAAAAGACGGAGGUGCGAGGAGGAGGAGGAGAGACAGAUGAGUGGCCCGGAGAGGAGACGGAGAAAGGAGGAGGAGGGGAGACGGAGGAAAGAGGAGGAGGGGAGACGGAGGAAAGAGGAGGAGGGGAGACAAAUGAGUGGCCAGGAGGAGGAGAGACGGAAAACCGAGGAUGAGAGACGGAGAAGAGAAGAGGAGGCCGACGCAGCGCGGCGAUUAAGCCAUUUUCCCGUGAAUGUCUGUAAUGGCCGGAGGCAGCUGAGCGAUGUGGAGGUGAACACGGCCACCGGCCGCCAUCAAUCCCGGCAAUCAGCCUGCGGGGGUGCGGCAUGCGACGCCGCCAUUAGCCCCAGCCCCGCCUCUGCCAGACAGGCGCCACGCUGUCCCGCAAUCACGGCCGACCUCGCUCGCAACCAUGCGGCGGCCGGCCGCAGACAUCAAGAGGAAGAUGAGGAGCAUGGGAUUGCGAGGGAGAUAAGUGCUGAGGAAGAAAGCAAGAUGGCGAUCGACGGCGUCUUACCCCCCCGCCGAGCCCGCGAGCGCCAAAUCCAUCCGGCCGCUUGUCUGCGUGGGAAAGCAGCAUGCGAUCCAGCGAUUAGCCUCGUCCCCCUUUCCUUCAGAGGCGCGGCGUGCGCUCAAAGACAGACCGAGGCAGCGGGGCAUCAACUCACCUGCAGUUCCACGGCGGCGCCAAACGGGCCCGCCUGCAGCUCGCCACAAAAGACGAUAAGUGAGCCGAGUGUGAGAUCAGCUCGCACAAACACGGCCCUCGCUGGGGAGGUCGCGCCGCAGGAAACCAGGACAGCUGCAGGUGGCGGAAAAAGGAAGUGGAUGGAGUGCACUGAAAAGGCGGCGUGGAAGAAAGCCAAACGAGGACGCAGACAAGCGACAUUGGACUCAACCUUUGACCCCGACCGACAUGACGGCGCAUGGGCGGGCGAAGGCAGCAGUAAGGAGGCGGAGCCAAACCUCCUUCCACCUGACUGGACAGACCCGAGUCUCAUUGGCUCAAGUGGACUGGACCAGACCACAUGUCAUGAAAACCUUCCAAGACUCAAUGUUGCCCCGCCUCCUGAUGAGGUCACAGGUGUGCAACACCACCACGAUGCCUCGACUCAGGAUGAUGACAUCACACCCUCCAGCGACCGUGUUGGGAAUGCGGCAGACAAGAUGGCGGCGGACAGGCAGGCGAGAAGAAGGCCUCGUCUCCUCUGCGGCUUCCCCAUUGGCUGCGUCCCCCUUCAAGCUCCGCCUCUUCUCAUCCCGCCCUCCUCCUCGUCCUCCUCCUCCUUUCCCUUCCAUCACACCAUCAUCCAACACCACCUGCCCCUCCCUCUCCACUCCUACCCUCACCUGUUGGCCCUCAGCUUGAACCCCGCCCCUGUUCCGCCGCCGCUUCCUACGUCUUUCUUCGCCCCGCCCCCCAUCCGUCUCCUGGAUGUGACGGCCCCGUAUCCCCUGGCGACCGAGUUUCAUCUCCACCCACCUGUGUUGGCGCCCCCCCACCCUGCUGCCCUGCCCCUGCAGGUGUUGUUCUAAAAGUGGUUAACGAGUCUCAGGUGUGCUAGUCAUGUUGGACUCUCAGACCGUCUCCUAUUGGUUCUUCUUCAUGUUGACCAAGGUCUGGAUGGAGGUGCCGGUCCAGGAAGCAUAAAGUCCACAUGGUCUAUGAUAUUGUCUAAGGCUGGAUCAGACUUCUGAAACAUUAAAGGCAUUCAAUUCAUAAUCAAUCAACGUAUGGAUCCAUUAUGUCGCCCACUAUCAUUAGUUAGAGGUCUUUACUUUAUAGGUAAC